GAUAUAUACAGCUCAGUAACACAAUUCAAACAUUGUUCCCUUACACCCUUCUCAUCGUGACAAUGGGUAAAAAGUCUUCCAUGAUCAAUAUAUGGAUGGAAAUGUGAUCUGAUUGAAGACUUAGUUCCUCUCCAGUUGGAAUCAUUAGUUGUACUGAUCUAUGAAGCAAUGGAUAUUGUACACUGUAGCGUUUCUGUUUCUUCGGCCAAAACAUACGGUGUAUAUAUAGAUACAUAGUAAUUGACCUGUGUAUCUUGAUGUUAUUAUUGCAAUAAUGAGAUUUUGAUUCAUUAUGCUGGUCACUGAAAGGUAUUAAUUGUUUUUUUUCCAUUGAUAAUGAACUUGGUGUAGUUAAAAGCUUUAUUUUUGAGGUGAAAUAUUUUUUUUUACGUAUGUAAAGAACAUAUCUGUAACAAAUGAAAGUUAUGAUCUGUGUUGCUUUGUUAUUGCUUGGAAAUACUGCAUGCAUGUACCCACAAAUGUAGCCUGCAUUUCCUUACAAUUCGGAUAUUUACUUAGCAGUUCUUAGUUUUUAUGUUUGAGACUUUGAAAUUUAAACAUUAAUUAUCUGAGAAGUAUGUAAAGCCUGUAAUACUAUUAAAAGUGGCACAUUUCUGAGGAAAAGUACAGUGCAGCCUCAAUUUUAAUGCCAGUAGUAUAUUGAUUUGAUCAGGGUUUGUUGAUAAAAACUAGUUUUUGGGAGCCAGCAUAAACUUUCAAGCCUUUCUCUGAACCACUCUUUGCACAUUAACAAGUAAAUGAAAUGGAUGGGUUGAAUGGCUGCUUCUUGUUAGUAAUGCUUCUUAUGGGUUUUAAAUUCUUUUGGACAGUAGGGAGGGGCUCACUGGAUAUUUCUUUUUUUCGCACAGAUGAAAACUUUAGUCUCAAACAUGACAGAGCAUUCCUUUUGUCAAUGGCCAACCGAGGCAAAGAUACAAAUGGUUCGCAGUUCUUCAUAAACACUCUAGCAUCCUGCUCUUCAAAGAACUACAAAAAUGGCACCACAUCUGGAUGGAGUGCAUGUCGUCUUUGGAUUGGUUAUCUCCGGCUUUGAGGUGAUAAGGCAAAUCGAAAACCUGAAAACUGAUGCUGCUAGCAGGCCUUAUGCAGAUGUUCGAGUGAUUGAUUGUGGGGAGUUAAUAACAAAGUCUAAUGUGCUGGGAAACAAGAAAAAGGUUUUGUCCCAUUCAUCAGACAGCUCCAUCAGUUCUUCAGAUUCUUCAUCAUCCUCUUCUUCGUCUUCCGAGUCUGAUAGCGACUCAGAGGAGAAGUACAAAUCUCGUAAACGGAAGAGGCAAACAAAGAACAAGCAUUCAAAGAGGAGAAGAAAGGAGGGAAAAAGGAAGGAGAACCAUACCAAGAGACAUCCUUCAAGCCAGAGAAAUUAUUAUGAACAUGAAGCUGUAGAUGAGGAAAAAGAGAAGGAUCUCAAUAUGAAGAGAGAGAAACCUGUGGUACGGCCAGAGGAAAUCCCACCUGUGCCAGAAAACCGAUUCUUACUGCGGAGGGAUAUGCCAGUUCAGGUGUCCAAACCUGAGACUGCACAGCUUGAGAAUUCUUCAAUUCCAAAUGAUCUCAAGCCAGCAGUCACAAAAUCUGGACGUAAAAUUAAAGGCCGGGGUACAAUGAGAUAUCACACUCCUCCUCGAUCAAGAUCUCGUUCCAAAUCUGAAGAUGAUGGAGGAAGCAGUGAAACUCCGCCUCACUGGAAAGAAGAAAUGCAGCGAACAAAGACAUACAAGCCUCCUACUGGAGAGAAGUGGAGUAAAGGAGACAAAUUGAAUGACCAUUAUUCAAGCAGAUGGGAUAACAGAAGUGCUUCUCCUUGGUCAAGGUCCUGGUCUCAUGAAUGCUUCUCUGAUCACAGCACUGAGAGAUCCAGCCAACCCAAGAGACGCAGGAAAGAAAAAAAGAAAGCUAAACACAAAAAGAAGUCAAAAAAGCAAAAACAUUCAAAGAGACGCAAGAUUCUCAAAAGCAAACCUAAAGAUUCUCCCCUGUCGGAAAAUGGGUCAUCCCUCUAUUCAAGCAGGAUAUCCAAGUUUUCCAGCCAUCGUGAAAGAAGGUCUCGUUCUUUCUCUACAUCAUCCAGGCGCUUAUCAAGAGAAGAGUGGUCGGAUUCAGACAAGGUGCGUCAUUCCUCUCCUUCUUCCAGAGACUCACACUCCUACACAAGGUCAAAAACCAGAUCAAAAUCCUACUCUAGAAGCAAAUCAAGAACAAGAUCGAGGUCCUCUUCAAGGUCAAGAAGUGUGUCCAGAUCCAGAUCCCAGUCAAGAUCACGUAGAAGGACAGCUUCAAGAUCCCCACGUAAAGCAAAGCUAAAUAAGAGCAGCAAAGCAAAGGUGGAUCAUCCAAAACUAACAACCCUUAAAAAUGAGAAAGUUGUGAAGCCAGAAGUGUCUGAGAGUGUUCCUGUUUUACCUUUAAGUGAUAGUCCACCGCCUUCUCGAUGGAAGCCUGGGCAAAAGCCUUGGAAACCUUCCUAUGUCCGUAUUCAAGAAAUUAAAGCAAAGACGGCACCAACAAACCUUGUACAGGCUGGUCAUACAGUGAGCAGUAGUAAGGAAAAUGAUCACUCAUCACACCAUAGUCAGCACAAAACUUCAGACAGUGAGAGAAGCAGUGAUUCAAGAAAUUACAGCAACAGAAGCUAUAAAUACUCAAGAAGGUCACGAAGCAGGUCUUCAAGAAGUAGAUCAUAUAGCAGGUCAUGUAGUAGAUCUAAAACGAGGAGUCAUUCAAGAUCCAGAUCACAUUCUCCACUGAAGUCUGAAAGUCUAUCUUCAUCAUACAGUAGAUCAGAUUCAUAUGAUUCAUACAAAGAAUAUGAAAGGAAGAAAAAUUCCUCAGAGAGAAAAGAAAAACAUGUCUCUCAUGUAAGCAGUCCUGAAUUAAAAGACAGUGACAACUACGUGACUAACAGCAAAAAACGUGAUGUAAAUAAAGAAACUCAAAGCUUAUCCUCUUCAGAGUCUACUACUGACAGUGAAAACGCUGAAAUUGACAGAAAGAAACAGGAUGAUAGAGAAUCCAAGAUCCAAAAUACAAAAUCUGCUUCCCUGUCAGAAGUAGAUAAUGUUCAGACAGCAGAUCCAAAGCAUGAAGAACCAAACACUGGCUCUGUUGUGGAAGAAAAAAAAUCUAAGUCUGAGUGGGACAGCGACAGUGAUAGCUCGAGAAAAAAGACGAGUGUUAAAGAUAAAUCAUCUGAGGCACAGCACAUAGAAUCACAUAGGACUGAUGAGAAAGAUAGCGUCAGAAAGGUGUUUCCUAUGAGUAAAUGGGAUACAGAAAGUGAAACAGAAGGUGAGACAAAGAAGAGCAAUGUAUCUGAUUCUAAACUCUCAUCUGGCAAAGAAGAGGGUGAAGCAAGCUCUGAAUCAGAAAGUGAGGGCCUUAUCUCACUCAAUAGCAAAACAUCAGGUAAUGCUUCAUCUGAAAAUUCAGAUACUAAUAUAAAAUCUGUUUCAAAAACUCCAUCUGUCUCUGUUGUGGAAGGGUCCAACAUAAGUACAGGAAGUGAAAAGCCCAAGACUAAGAAAAAAGCCAAACGUAAGCACAAACACAAAAAACGAAGUUCAGCAAAGGCAGACUCAGACAGAACUAAGGCCAAAUCCAAAAGUAAGAAGGCUAAGAGAAAAACUCAGAAACGCAAGGAAACAUUCCACUGGCAGCCUCCCCUGGAAUUUGGUGAAGAGGAGGAUGAUGAAGAGGAGCAAAACCAGCAAGUCCAAUUGAAAAAGAACAUAUUAAAAGAAAGCGCAGUAAAACCAAAUGGAGGGCAUUCUUCCUCCAAUUCUGAAGAUAAGGAAAGUAAAUUUAACACUGACAAAAGUCAGGUGCAAUCCAAAGAAGUUUGUUCAUCACAAUCAGUCUCUCAUAGUGUGAAAGAUAUUGGUGAGCUGACCAAAAAAAAGCAAAAAUCAAAGCAAUCCUCUGAAAGUUGCAAAAAAGCUGAAAACACAGAAGAAAUGUCAAAUAAAUGUGAUGCAACAGAUACAGAAAGACUUUUGCCAAAGACACCAGAGAAGCCAGACUCAUCAGAUGACACUAUGGAGAUCUGUACACCUGAACCCAAUACUCCAGAAAGGGACCAUCAGAUAUCAAUUAUUUGUGGGAUUUCAGAGAUGUCAGAAAUUGCAUGUCAAAAUAGUGAGUCUAGCAAGAUUAAUACAGAAAGUGAGUAUAGUUUAAAAACAACUCCUGUAGAAAAACCUAAAAUGCAACAGAGGCACAGCAUGCCACCUUCCACUUUGUUGGUAAAUAAUGGUCCAGAGGAAGAAAAUGUCAAAAAUGAGGUUCCAGGAGUAGUUAUUGAUCCUAAAUGGAAGCCUCUUAUGGGAAUAUCUAAUCAGCAGUCAGUCAGCACCAUGGCUUUUGGUGAAAUUAAAACCCUUGAUCACCCAGAAUUAGGGGAAUUUAAACCUCAUGGUCUCAGGAUAGAGAUUAAAAGCAAGAGUCGGGUUCGGCCUGGAUCUCUGUUUGAUGAAGUACGGAAGACAGCCAGACUGAAUCAAAGACCGAGGAACCAAGAGAGCUCAAGUGAGGAGAGAUCCCCAUCUGUUGGUAACAAGAGUAAGUCACGGAGUCGGACCAGAUCUCUCAGUAAAUCCAGAUCUGUAUCGAGUCAAAGAACAAGAUCAAGGACGAGAUCCCUUUCCUACAGCCGUUCACGUACAAGAUCAAGAAGUUCCAGUUAUUCCUACAGAUCCAGAAGCUACAGCAGAAGUCGUAGUAGGAGACGGUACAGCAGAGAUCGAUCCCUGACACGGAGCAGCACCUACAGGAGUUAUCGAAGUCACAGCAGCAGGACUUCAAGUAGGAGUCAUUCCAGAAGCAGGUCAUAUGAUCAACGUAGAAGGUCCAGGUCACACUCGUAUGACAGUGACUAUAGCCGAAGUAGCUGGAGCAGUAGGAGAAGGAGAAGUUACAGUUACAGGAAGUCAAGAAGCUAUGACCGCAGAUCCAGGUCAUACCGUUCCUACAGUAGAAGUGAUCGCAGUUACUCACGCCAUCGGAGUCGCAGUGCUAGCAGCAGAUACAGCUGAUGAUGCAUAACACCACAUUAUCUCCUGUACAUAGGCAUUCAGUUUAUUAAGAAGAAUACUUUGCUUUCUGGAUCUGGCAUUUAAUAGAGACACUUGACAUUCUAAGCGGUACUUAAAAAGCUCAGAACAUGCACAGUGUCUACAGUGUAGUGACCAUGCUCUGGAGGAAUGAUGCAGCUCUCACUGCAAACAUACAGAUGCUUGGCAAGUCCCAGGUGUCACUAGGGAAGGGCCUGGUGUGGAUCUUUUGGCUAAUAAUCAGGCCCACUCAAACCAGGCUUGAGCCAUUUGUGUGUCAUUUAAAGGGAAAAGUUUAAUGUUGGCUUAUAACCCAGAACUAAAUCCAUGAUGUCUGGAUGGACCUGUACUCUGAAUGAGUGACUUUGUAAGUUGAGCCCCAAGUCAGGUAUAAUGUGAAUUUUUGGAUAACCAGCUACUGUAUAUACCUUGUGGUAUAUUUACAAUGGGAAAGUGAAAUGGGUAUAUGUAAAAACUUUUAUACAUAUAUAAAAAAAGAUUUUUAAUGUUUCUGGAUUGUAUUUUCCUUUUUUACAGUAAAAUUGAAUGUAUGUUUCUAGAAUGUUAAAAAGUUCUUAAUUGCUUAAUCAAAUAUGUUGAGCUUAAUCCACAAAUCAGUAAUAAUUACAGUAGUGUUGCCUCAAUAUCUGCAUAUUAGGUGUUUUCAGGUUCUUGUAAAGAUGCCUUAAUCUGCUUUUUUUAUAAAGUAGUGAGGAAAAUUAAACGAAUGGGUAUUUACAGAAGGGAAUAGCCUUUUGUUCCUUAAUUGUGAUGUAUUAAUCUAAACAUUGGCUUCAGCUUCACUUUAUUUCUUGCCAUUAAUUCUUAAACUAUUCUGCUAUGAAUGUAAAAUAAGAUUAAAAGAAUUCUCAUUCAUUCAACUUUCA